AUGUCCUCUUCAAACAACAGCAGCUUUCGCCGUUCCAGGCCGUGGAAUAGCCGUCAACUAUCAUCUCCCUCGGGCCUCCUCAGCAGGCGUCAGCAAGGCACGGAUGAGGACCCAGAUGACCAGGAUGGAGACCGGAACGAAGUCAAAGGAAAAGAGAAUCAACAGCAGCCGAGCCAGCGUCGCAGCGGACGAUUCCCCUCCCCGAGCUCGCCUCUCGCGCGAAACCCGGUGCACAUCCCGGCUCGAGAAGAAGAAGUUGAGCCGAGUGGCAUCUCACCCGCGGUGGCAGUCAGGGACAGUGGCCCUGGCAGCUUGAGAGGAGACCGUGCCACGACCCGUCGCAAGACCGAGGAGACUCAAGUCCCUGCAGGCAUCGAACAUCGCGCAGGGAACGGCGGUGGCAAGAUAAGAAGGAAGAACAUCAGCAGCAAGGCCGACGGCAAGGACAACAAUCGUUUCGUUGACGGCAACAAACCCGCUGACAGCGAAGCCGACGACGACGAGAAGAAGACCAGCGACCAUACCAAUGAGGACAACAAGCGCUGUUCCAACGACAACAAUAGCAUUGAUAACGAAGAUGACAAAGCCAGAACCGCCAGGGCGAACGAAGCAGCCAGAAUCAUGUGUGCUUCUUGUCAGAUUGGAACCAAAUUUGCUGAGGCGAAGGGCGAGAAGACGAGAGCCGACGAGAAGAAGACGCGCUGGGAGAAGCACAGGACAUGGACGGCAGGCAACGGUCGAAUUGGUGGCAAAAAGCAGGAUCUAGAGACGGAGUGCAAGAUGACCUCUCAAGAGUUCAUCGAUAUCGUUGAUCCCUACCCGCACCUGUACCGAAAGGAUGGAAAAGUACCGAGCAAUCUGCAGGUGUAUGCGGCUGAGACGACUGGGGAUGACGGGCAGGGGAACAGGGGAGGAGAAAGGUCGGAAAGUGAAGGGAAGGGAGGGGGCCAAGAGUCGGGAGGUGGGAGCGGCAGCAAGGCGCUUCCGGGUGGAGGGGGUGAUGGCCCGAGAUCGCCGGGUGAGUUCUAUAGUCGGCCGGUCUACGGGAACAAGUCAUCUCUCGAUAACCCAGCAAACAGGAGCGAGAUUGCCCCCUGGGAAGAGCUUGAUAGCCAUCCUGCUGCUGGCUUCGAUUUACCGCAAGACGGCACGCUGAUGGGCGGGGCGGUACAGGAAGACGAUCCCAGAGACAAGGGCAAGGGCAAAGCUAUGAACGUGGACUACGGGUACUUAGGGUAUGGUCCGCCCGCCAAGGCAAAACCAUCACAGAGGCAGGAGACGCCGGUGCGGCCGGUUGCCUCCGCCUUCGCUUCACAAGGCCUCCGCUCCCAAACACCCGGGCUCUUCCAUCGCCCCCGGCCAGCGUCCCGGACUCCGUUCGAACUCGACCCCAACGAGGGAUUCAACCAACGCCUUCGAUCCAACGAUUCGGCAAGUAACUCUCCGGAGCCAAACACAAGGAGCACAGAAGCAAAUGUAAGAUCCAACCCCACCGCCCCACAGACACAACCUGGGGGCCAAGGACAAGAGGAGAACCCUACUGGAGAGGCCGAUGUGGGUAAUCUUGAUGGGAGAGACGAGCGGGGGAGGAAGCGUGCUCGUCUGAAGGAGGUUGUUCGGCGGAUACUUGGACGGAGACAGAACGACAAACCAUCUUGAACUCGGACGUGCAUUGAGGGCUUAUUGUGUAUCCUAGUCACUCAGGUUGACUCCUUUGUUUUCAAAUGAGUUCUACUGGUAUGACCUUGCC